CUCCCCAUCUGCACCUGUCUCCCAAGAAACAAAAUGGCGUCCAACAGUUUGUUGUCAAGGAAGACGACAUGGACAAAGUAGUUGUAUUCGCCAAUAUUGGUCACUUUCUAGAAUGAAGUAAUAUACUGUCAGGUCUCACUUAAUAUUUUCGACUUAAGAGUUUACGAUCUCACGAAAAACUAGAAAACUGUGGUUUAUUUGCUAAGACACUGUACUAAAAACUCAACAUCAAAUCGUAUUGAAAGGACAAAAAACAGGAAUUCAGCAGCCAUGUCUCAGAUGUCUUCGACAGACAGCGUUCGGCAAAGCCAGCAGUCAGUAAGAUCGCCUACUGGGACUGCUAGUCCGUCUGAAAACGGCUCUGGUAGUCCGGAAGGCAGUCGGAGUCCGGAAGCUAGUUCGCCACCUCCCUCCGUUCAAUCUCCAGAUGGAGGGAGCAGUGUAGCUUCUCAGCCGGUGAAGAAGGAAGCGGGGCCUCCCCCCAAGCGCAGAGGCAAAGUCCCAGAUUUGCCUGUGUAUGAGCGAAGAAACUGGCUAAUACAUAUGCACUACGUACGGAAGGAGUUUGAAAACUGCAAGGUACUUAUCAAGGAACAGCUCCAAGAAACUCAAGGAAUGUGUGAAUAUGCCCUUUACAUACAAGCCCUUAUUCUGCGGCAGGAAGGUAAAAUCCAGGAGUCCCUUGAUCUGUUCCAACGCACUGUACAGAUCAACCCAUCGAAUGCUGACAACCUCAAACAAGUGGCACGUUCAUUGUUCCUUUUAGCAAGGCAUAAAGCAGCUUUGGAAGUGUACAAUGAGGCAGCUAAAAUGAGCACCAAGGAUUGGGAAAUCUACCACAAUCAAGGAGUCUGUUACAUGUACUUGAAAGAUUUUGAAAAAGCUAAGGAAUGUCUCAAGCAUGCUAUCCAGUACCAUCGCCACGACGCCUCGUUCACGCAGCUUGGCAAGAUCUUUCUCAUGGAGGGAGAUAUUGAGGCCGCCGUGGACACGUACAAGAAAGCUGUGGAAUUUUCUCCGGAGAAUCCAGAUCUCAUGACAACCCUGGGGCUUCUCUAUCUGCAGCUUGGUAUGACGCAGAGAGCUUUUGAGAACCUUGGCAACGCCUUGACCUACGACCCUAGUAACGUAAAGGCCAUCCUUGGAGCAGGGGCGAUGAUCCAGUCUCACGGAGAUUACGAUGUGGCGCUGACCAAGUAUCGUAUCGCGGCAACGUCUACGCCCGAAUCCCCGCAUUUAUGGAACAACAUCGGCAUGUGCUUCUUCGGCAAGAAAAAAUACGUAGCGUCGAUUAGCUGUCUAAAGCGAGCCGCGUAUAUGGCUCCGUUUGAGUGGAAGAUUAUAUACAACCUCGGACUGGUCCACCUAACCAUGCAACAAUAUGCCUCAGCUUUCCACUUCCUUAGCGCUGCCAUCACUCUCAAGCCAAAGCAUGGACAGCUGUUCCAGCUCCUCGCUGUUGCCUUAACUCACCUUGACGACCAGGAGAAUGCAAAACAGGCGUAUGAACAGGCUCUCAUCUUAGAUCACGAUGACCCCGGCAUCAGCCUUAACUACGCUAUCUUCCUGUUUAACCUGGGUGAUCGCAAGCACGCCGUCAAACACUUCGCCGCGUACGAGAAGAAGAUGGAAGUACUUAGGCAGACUAAGGGCAGUGACAUCGACAAAGAGCUUCUUGAGGUCGCCAAUCGCCUCGGCCCCACGCUACAAGUAGGAGAGAAACUGGUCUGGGAAGGCAGCUCUGCUGGCCAGCCGUCACGCUCUUCGAAGGCUCAGGGCCGAUCCCAGGCUCCGACCGAGCCCCAGUCUCAGUCUAGUAGCGCGGGCGCAAUUCAGGAUGACGGGUCCUUUGUUUAAUGCGCAUGCGUUUGUGUAAAAUUGGACAUAACAGAUUCGCCAAACCAUUGAUAAGCCCACAGUGUUUUGAAAACUUUAAGUCCGUUUUCAGUUUUUAGAACAAUAGCCUACGUGGAUUGGUGGAUCAUUACUGCUUUUGUUUUCCAAUGUACGCGCAGUUUUCUGGUCCAGUGGGCGAGUUGAAUAGCAAAGCGUGGCCCCAAUCUAGUUUCCCGCCAAAAGAAAAAAAAACACCAUCAAUCUAAAUAACACCAGACAAACUCCAACAACUCCUAUACUCUUGCCAAGGAGUCUCUGUAUGUGCAAUGCAUGUUUAGUCCUGCUCGAAUCAGAAGCAGAGUUUUAUUUAAUACCGCACUCUUCCUUGUUAAUGCAUUAGUAGAAAUAGACCUGUAUAUAAUGUUAAAAUAAACUAUAACUCAUGGA